AGGGCUGCUCGGAGCGCACUCUAGACGUCUGUAACGGAGCAAAGGCUUGAGUGAAUUUAUGGUCGAGUUUCAGAUAGUUAUUAGGCUACUGACUCAAACAACUAUACAACAAAAAACAUACGGGACUACAUUUAUUUUAAUUAUUUUAAUUAUUUUUCAUCGCGUUAUUUAUUUUUUCAUUCAUUUUUUUUUUCUCUUGCUUUAACGUUAUUUACUUUUCAUUCAUUUUUCGAACCUUCUGGUAGUCUUUCAUUGCUGCUGCUGCUGCUGCUGGUGGGUAAUGGCAAGCUCGGGAAUACAACUUUUUGGGUUCUUGCUCGCAGUGGUGGGUCUGGCAGCCAUCGUCACCGCCACUUGCAUGGUAGAGUGGACCACAUUCGAGAGCAGCGAGGAACAGGCGGAGAUCUACGGGGGGCUGUGGGAGACGUGCAGGGUGACCAGCUCACGGAUGAGCUGCAAGGCCCGCGAUUCCUUUUUAGAACUGUCAUGGGGUAUCCAGGUCACCAGGGCAGUGUUGAUAAGCAGCAUCUGUCUCUCAAGUCUGGCAGUUUUGGUGUCCAUUUGGGGAAUGAAGUGUACUCGCUUUAUGGAGGACAGGGAAGAGACCAAACGCUUCAUGGCAUUGUCUGGAGGAGUCAUGUUCAUGAUCUCUGGUUUAUUGGCUCUGGUUGUGACCUCCUGGUAUGUUGGAUUACUCAUUGAGGCCUACAAAAAUGCCCAUCACCUAGACAGAUAUGAGUUUGGCAAUGCAGCUUUUGUCAGCUGGGUGGGGUCCAUCCUCAGCCUGGUGGGGGGGGCGUUCCUCAACUGUCGGAGGUGCUUUGGGACGAGGUCGUCCUUGUCCCCGGCUAUGAUACGCCAGUCAGCGGCAGGCGGUGCUGAAUAUGUUUAAUGUUAAAGGUCAUACUCGGUUAGGGCCAACCUUAAGGAUUGUAGCAAGCUUUGUUGUAUUUAAUUGUUCGAAAGGUCAGUUUUUCUUUCUGUUUUGGACAAUGAAGUGUAAACUGUCAGGGUUAUUUGAGUUGUAGUCCUUAAAUACUAUUACAGACUCAGCACCCACUGACCCUAUAGUAGAAAGGGUAGAAACUUUAAGAAGGAACAUAUGAAGGAUCCAUCUGUCUAAGAAUGGCUAUGAGUGCAAUAGGUGCUGAUUAGGCAGAUGUAAAUUAUUUGCCAAAUUAUAAGUACAAAGUACAAAUUAUAUAAUUAUGGCAAAGAAAAAAUGAAGGAUAAAGUACAAAAUGCACUAAGAUAUGUUGUAGUGGUUAUAUGUUUUUUUUUUAAGUUUAUAUUAUCAGAGAAAGGUCCGUUUAUCUGCCAUACAUGAGUUAUUUUGGUUUGUAUUUUUUUAAACAAUGUAUUUUUCCAGAUUUGUAUAGAACAAUAGUAUAUUUUGAACUUUUUUAAAGAAUAAAUUCAACAUUUGGUCUACUUUGGCCUACGUGUCUAUGUCUAUCUUUGUUGAUGCUAAAUUAGCGAGCAGAGCAAAUCUGGCAGAUAAAAAUCAGGGUUUAAUGAGGAUUUUCCUGAGAAUGAGCAAGCUUUCCUUCCUUUUUCAACAAGCUGAGUAAAUGCGGCAGUUCAAAUGUUUAUAAAUCUUGUUAUUUAAUCACAGUAUUCCAUAGGAGAACUAAUUACUCAGAGACGUUUGUUUCUAUGUUGUGGUUACCGAGUCCACCCUGGGUUUAGUGUAAAGCUGUUUCAAUAAGAUAAGAGCAUUUUAUUGCACUUCCUAUUUGACUUGGAGAGGGCUUGCUGGGCAGAGAAUGCCAAAUGUGUUUAAGGUUUUCAUAAAAAACAAAAGUUUUCUCCACCGUCAUCCUCAUUCUUAUGGUUGGUUUUGUUGUUUCUUUAGUUGCUGUUUUGUCUCGUUUUCUUCUUGGCUGUCAAAAUUGAUGACCUUGACAUUUCUCCCCUGCUAACGCAAUCAGUAGGAAAUGACAUCAUCCUCGCUAAACAAGAGGUAGCUUGGACAGAGACUUCUGGGAAAUUAUCGUUUUUUUCCCCAAGCGGAUGGUGAGGCCACGCAGCCACCUCCCACAGGGCCUAUAAAGCCCUUCCCGUGCAUAUACGUCCAGGAAGGGGAAAGGGUUUGGAGUUGGAUUCAAAUGAAAGGUAAAGUGGUAGAAGGCAUCCAUUUUUUUUUUCUUGUCAACCACCGGUGUGCCUGCUUAGAUAAUUAUAUUUCAUUGUUUCACUUUUCUUCAACUCUGCCAAACUGUUGCAGUAUGCAGGUGGUGUGUGUAUUCAAAAGACUGACCUGCAUUAUGCCAAACUCUAAGCAACCAAACGCCUUGUUUUCAAAACCACUCCAGUGAAGCCAUACAGGCUAUACGUGCCUGGCGGUAAUGUAUUUCACUUGUGUUUGUUAGGAACUCCUGUCCCCCACCCAGUUCUCCCCAAGAGAAACAACCGGAUAUAAAUUUGUUUCUCUAAGUCACAUUAUGCUGUAGUAGACUAAUGGUUUGUUUAAAUCAACUUCCUGUCAGUGUAGUUUAAUCUGUAGCUGGAGCAAUUUCAAGCCUAGUUAUUAUCUUGAAGUUCAAAUAAUAAAAGAGUCAAUUAUCCUAUACCAAUAGACCUUUCAAACUGACAUUGUUUCUCACACCCAUCCACCGAUGCCACGAAACAGAGAUCUAUGGUAUGGUAAAACCUUGACCUUGGGUGUU